AUGGAGGCAGCUGAGAUGCAACUGCUUGGGAGGCGGAAGGAGAGAGCAGGUGAGGUGGACACCCUUGAAAUAAACGAGUUGGAGGAGGAAGAUGAGGAGGAGGAAGAUGAAGAAGAGGAGGACGACGACGACAAGGACAAGGUGGAGAUCAGGAAUUUGGACUCUUCGGACGAGGAAUACGAGCCAGAUGAAGAGAGGCAGCGGGAGUUGAGAGCCCAGGUGAUGCGUUUGGAGCUCGAGCUGGAAAAAGUCCGGGAGGUGGCCCUCAGGCACGAAGGGGAUUCCCUCGAAUUGCAAGGGUUGCUGGAAGACGAGAGAUUUGCCGCUGCACAGCAGGCCGAGACCUUCACGAAGGAGAUUCAGAGACUCCAAGCCCAGAUGUCCUCCUUGAAGCAAGAGUUUGACUCGCUGCAGGAGGGGAAAGAUGUGGAGCUGGACCGCUUGGAGAGCGAGCUGCAGGAGGCCAACGAGGAGAUCCACAGCCUGCGCUUGGACGCCGAGGAAGCGGCCGCCUUGCACGAGAACGAGGUGGCCGGGCUGCAGGAGGAGAUCUGCCGGCUGAAAGCCGAGCUGGAGAGGGUGCAGAGGGUCCGGAACGAGUACGACAUGGAGGUCACAGCCCUGCGGGCCGAGAUCAACAUGAAGCGGCCGGGCACCGGGGACAGCCAGCCUGCCCCAGAGAUGGUGGUGAUGUCACACUUUGACGACCGUCUCUCCUGCACCUCGGAAGAGGUGACCAAGCUCCAAGAGGAUCUCCGGACGCUGAGAAUUCAGUACCAGCAGCUGAUGAACGAGUACCAAAUCCUGCAGGAGAGCAACAACAUCAUGGUCAACCAGCUGGCGACACUUGAAGCCCUGAAGUACAGAGCCCGGAGCAAGUCGGAGGACUCUCCCUCCCUCGACUCGGACUCCGAGGGGAGCACGGACCACCCCCCGUCCAUCAAUUGGCGGGCCACGCCCCACGCGAGCGGCAGCGUCUCCUUCAAGUCCAUGGAGAUGGCGGGCACGGCCAGUGAAGGAGACGAGGAGGAGAAGCUGUCGAAGCAGGAGAGCGAGGCGGAGCUGGACCCGAGGCAGCACGACCAAACCCAGGACAUCCUGCGAGAGAUGGAGAGCAAGUGUUGGCUCAGCCAGAACGAACGGGAGCAGCUGCACGAGGAAUUGCGGAUGUGCAAGGAAGAGAUUGAAAGACUUAACGGCAACAUCCCCAUCGGCGGACGGGCCCCCCAUGCGCCCGACCCUCCUGCCACCAUCUCCCUUCCUCUCAUAGGACUGGUUGUCAUAGUAGCUCUGCUUUGGUGCUGGCGGGCUGAGAUGUCUACCUAA